AUGGCAUCGGGAGCAUUCCUCAACCCCCAAAAGGCGCUCCUUCUCGCCCCCCUGGUCUCGUCCACAUGCUCCCUCGUCUUCGCCUGGGACCAAAAUGUCUUUCUCAGCAUCUUCACGAGCCCGGAAGUCAGCGACCGCAUCAACCCCAUCCUCCCCAGCUACUGGCGUGUGUUCUUCCCCCGGGGCCUCACCCACGUGGCGUCCUUCCUGGGCAUGACGACAUGCACCUCCAUCGGGGCCCUCGUCUAUCACAAGACGCUGCUGCAGAGGAAGGGCGCCUGGUUUUGCUAUGUGGCCACUGCGGCGUUGGCCGUCGGCCACUUGGUCUAUGUGCCGUUUGUAGCUCCGGCCAUCAAGUACAUCCUCGACGACGAGGGGGGCAGGUCCAAGGAGAGGAAGCUUGCGGAGCCGGGGGACCGGAACGUGGACAUGCAGAAGCGAUGGCUGUGGUAUAACAUGGCGAGGUUGUUGACGACAGACUUGGGCGCUUGGCUUUGCUGUGCGUUGGGUGUUAUGAAGACGUUGGACGUGGUUGAGUAG